GCAGCUUGUUUCUCGCCGUUUUGUGUCAUCACAUAACAAACAUUUUAGAGUACGACAUUUAGCAGUGAUGCGCGCAUUACACUGUCGUUCGUACGUUACCCUAUGGUUUCUAUUGCAGUUUGGCAUCAGCUGCGCAGUUGUAGAGUGGUGCUAGCAGGCAAUUCACAGUACCUGAACGAGAGGGACUUCGACCCACCUACGCAGUUUAGACUCACAAAAAAAUGCGUAAUGUAUGACCCAAGAAAUAGAACUGUCCACGACAUCAUGGUGUGUUUCGUACAGCAGCCGUUCAUGGAGUCGCUAUACGUCAGCAAGGUCAACGUAGUUGGUUCUUCGGUUCCAACAAAUUUAACGUGCAUAGUAACAGGCUUUGGAUUAAGCGACGAAUCGCAUAAACAGUGCCUCGUGGGUCGGUCCAUUCUGCAGGAGAUUCCCAAUACGUGGGACUGCCCCGGUAUUCACGCCAGGGGCCCUACCUCGAUCUGCACCAGGGACACCAAGACCCAGGCGGUGUGUCCAGGCGACUUGGGUGCUGCAGCGAUCUGCCGCGUGGGCGGGAAUCUGCACCUGGUGGCUGUGGCGACGGGAGUCAUCUACAGCAGAAUGAAGCCACAUUCCUGCACUGUCGGCGUCGAGGGCAACGUCUACGUACAAGUCCACACCUACGCGAAGUGGAUGAAGAAGAUGGUGACGGACCUGAACGAUCAGUUGGAGCGGGAACCGCUGCCGCCGUGGCUGCCCAGCAGGGAGCCGGAGAGUCACGACCGCGACGAGGGGAGGAGUGGCACCGUCCGGCCACAGGUCUCCGGGUUGGACGUGGUGCUGUCGCUGCUGUUCCUGGUGCUGAAGGAUCUGGUGGCGACCGACAGGUGCAGUACUCGUCAUGCGUGCCGUGUUGGUCAAGUUUCGUCUGUGUAAAUGCUGACACGUAUAAAUAUAUCACAUAUAAAAAGUUA